AUGCUGGUUCCUCUCUGCAGCUGCAAUCGCCAUUUUUCCUUCACCCCUACCAAAACUCUUCUAAACCCCUCGCCCCAGAUUCCGGGCUGCCACUACCCCCAUAUCACGCUCAAACCCCUCCGCCGGCGAGUUUCCAUCUCCGCCGCCGCAGAAGCGACGGCGGACGCCCGAACUCAUGGGAAAUCCGCCUUUAGGCGAAUAGCCGAGAAGCUCCGCAGCCUGGGAUACGUGGAAGAAAGCAAGGAUGAUGCUCCGGAUGAAGGCCCCAAUUCUCCCGGCGAGAUUUUUGUACCCUUGCCGAACCGUUUGCCCAAGUACCGGGUCGGGCACACCCUGGAUACCAGCUGGAGCACGCCGGAAAACCCGGUGCCUGAACCCGGGUCGGGAACUGCGAUUCAGAGGUAUCAUGCGUUGAGGCGCGGGGUUGUGGAGGAGAGGAUUAGGGCACGCAGCGAGGAGAAGAGAAAUAGGGCCCCCAGCUUGGCGGAGCUUACGUUGCCGGAGGAGGAACUGAGGCGGCUGAGAACCGUCGGGAUUGCGCUGAAGAAGAAGUUGAAGGUGGGCAGAGCUGGGAUUACGGAAGGAAUUGUGAACGGGAUCCACGAGCGGUGGAGGCGGAAUGAGCUGGUGAAGAUCACGUGCGAGGACAUAUGCCGGAUGAACAUGAAGAGGACUCACUUGUUGUUGGAGAGGAAAACCGGUGGUCUAGUUGUUUGGAGGUCUGGAAGCAACAUAGUAUUGUACAGAGGGUCAGAUUACAAAUAUCCCUACUUUUUCACCGAUAACUCGUCAAACGAGUCGUCUUCUGAAGAAUCUGCCGAUUUAGGGGAGGAUGAUAAAACGCUCAACAAGAAGGAUUUACAGCCACAAGACCCAAAUGCUGUGGGACCCGGCACAGGAAGUUCUCAUCCGCCCCUAAUAAAAGGUGUGGGUUUGCCCAACAGAGUGCGUUUUCAGCUUCCUGGCGAGGCACAGAUUGCUGACGAGGCCGAUGCAUUGCUGGAAGGACUCGGGCCACGGUUCACUGAUUGGUGGGGUUAUGAUCCUCUGCCUGUUGAUGCUGACCUUUUGCCAGCGAUUGUUCCUGGUUACAAGAGACCUUUUCGUCUACUUCCGUAUGGAGUUAAACCUAAGCUGACGAAUGAUGAAAUGACUACGUUGAAGAGACUGGGCCGACCUUUACCGUGUCACUUUGUUUUAGGGAGGAAUCGGAAGCUUCAGGGAUUGGCUGCUUCCAUUGUUAAACUCUGGGAGAAAUGCGAGAUUGCGAAAAUUGCAAUCAAGAGAGGAGUUCAGAACACACGCAGUGAACUCAUGGCAGAAGAACUAAAGUGUUUGACUGGGGGAACCUUACUUUCAAGGGAUAAAGAUUACAUCGUUAUAUACCGUGGGAAGGACUUCUUGCCAGCAUCAGCUUCUUCAGCUAUAGAAGAGAGAAGAAAAAAUGGGAUAUAUGCGUCAAACGAUCCAUUAGUCAAUAACUCAUCAGUUUUGAAUCAAGAGGAAGGUAAACAUGAAAUAAAUCAAUAUGCUGCUGAAGCUGAGAAUGAAGAAGAAAGUGGUCCGAAUUUGCAGAGCCGCUCUGAAAGGAGGGGGCUGAGAUUCUCAGUGGCAGCAGUGGAGAAAACAAAGGCCAAAUUGUCGAUUGCCUUAGAGAAAAAGGCCAAGGCGGAGAAGAUUUUAGCAGAGCUGGAAAAAGCACAAAUCACUCAACCACUUGAAACAGAUAAAGAGGGUAUAACUGAAGAAGAAAGAUAUAUGCUGAGGAAAGUGGGUUUGAGGAUGAAAGCUUUUCUUCUAUUGGGUCGGCGUGGAGUUUUUGACGGGACAGUUGAAAACAUGCAUUUACACUGGAAAUACAGAGAGCUGGUGAAGGUCUGUAUUGGGUGGAGGAACAUUGAAGAAGUUCAUGGAAUAGCACAGACCUUAGAAGCUGAAAGUGGUGGAAUAUUAGUAGCGAUCGAACGAGUCAAUAAAGGUUAUGCAAUCAUUAUAUAUCGGGGGAAGAACUAUAAACGUCCUGCUCCUCUGAGGCCCCGAACGCUUCUAAGUAAAAGAGAAGCAAUGAAACGUUCAUUAGAGGCACAACGUCGUGAGUCCCUGAAACUAAACGUUUUAAAGCUCAGCCGGAAUAUUGAUGAACUUAAGCUCAAAAUUGAGAAAGAUGAAGAUAAAAGCAAUCUGCAGUUGACGGAAGAUUUGAAACAUGGAACUACUAGUGAAAGCCAUGAAACUGAUGCAAUUGCUAGAACCCAAGUGGGUCCGUUGUAUUCUUCAGAAGAUUCCGUGCAUAUUGUUAAAAAACAGCAACCCUUAACAAUAGAUGUUGCUUCCGAGCCUGUGGUUAAAAAGGACUAUUUAUUCAACACAACCGACACAGAUCUUCAACCCAGAUCACUGCCUAAGGAAACCAAUGACCAAAGUGUUGAAUUUUCUCAUAAAUACAGGUCUCAAAAUCGAGCAAGCUCUUCUUCAUCGGUCGAACAAAAAGAGGCUUUCCAGCUCUCAAACAAAGAGAGGCUUCAUCUGAGAAAACAGGCUCUCAAGUUGAGAAAAAUACCCGUGUUUUCUGUUGGAAAGAGCAACGUCGUCACAGGACUUGCUAAAGAACUAAAGGCCCACUUGAAAAAGCAUCCUAUAGCCAUUGUGAACAUCAAGGGCAGAGCCAAAGGAACAUCGGCCCACGAGGUCAUCUACAAUCUGAAGCAAGCAACGGGCGCUGUUCUUGUGUCUCAAGAACCCAGCAAGGUGAUACUCUACCGAGGCUGGGGUUUAGCAACCGAACCUAAUCAAGCAAGCCGAAAGGGAAAUAAGGAUUUGAAAAAUGAAUCGAUGGGCCAAGAGGUGAAGGCCCGUGGGCCUGUAUCACGUGAGCUCCUAUCAGCAAUGAGGAUCGAGUGCGGCAUGAAAUCAGCUGAUGAUGAAACUGAUGGCACUACGGACAAUAUCCCUUACGACACGGCUAACACUUAG